AUAGUUACUUCCCUUUUAUUCAAAAACGCCAUUUGCACAGAAACAGUUGUCAAAAUAUAUUUCAGGAACAACGGUGCUUUUAUACAAUAAUAACAAGAACAAUAGGAUCAAAAAUGCCAACAUAUGUUAGUACAGUUGUAUUGGAAAUAUUACUUGGGUGUACCUGUUACUUAGGUGACAGACUUCUUGAGCAUCCUGUUGCCAAGCAACAAAUUGUGGUUGCCAUAACAGACAGUUUGACCCAUGGAAUUGUUGGUGGAAUAUCAUGGGCAAUCAUUUGUGAUUUCAAGUUUAGAAAACAAGAGUGUGUAGAAUGUCUUCUAUGUAUGAUGUUGGCAAUGCUUGUUGAUGUGGACCAUUUUAUAGCAGCAAAAUCUUUUAGUUUAAAGUCUGCUCUGUCACUACCAACAAGACCACCAUUCCAUGCAACUACACUCAUUGUCAUCAUAGACAUCACCAUGGGGAUCAUGGCAGCCAUUUUGAAAUCUCAAAGUCUAUUUUUAGGUUUAUUGAUAUUUACAACUGCAUGGAUUUCACACCAUGUCAGAGAUGGACAUAGGCGUGGCUUGUGGUUUUAUCCAUUUGGGGAAACUGCUCCUAUACCCAAGUUUAUUUACAUUGGAAUUAUAAUGAUUUUACCAUUAUUUAUCAUGCUAUUUUAUUUAAAUUACUAUCAACAUAGAUUAAAAGAUAAAGUGAUUACAAUUAAUGAUGCAGACUUUGUUUAAAAUGAAUAUGAAUAACCAUGUAUUAAAUUAAUUUAACCUAUAGCUCUUCAGCGCUUCUUAUGUAAAAUUCUUCCAAGUAUAAUUUCCAAUAACCGUAAAUUAUACCAUACCCAGACUAUGGUAUAAUUUUCAGUUUUGAAGAUCGAAGGAGUAAGUGUUUCUGGGCGGAGCUAUAGGUUAAAACAGAUACACCAUUGGUGCGUUGACGAUUUCUGGGUUUGCGUAAAUUAUACCAUAAUCACGUGACCUUUCUUAUGCAACCUCACU